AUGGGAGACAUCUCAGAACAUUACGGUGGGUCAAUUGUGGCAAUGGUUGGAGGAGACUCCCUGAUUGUUGUAGGAGACAGGAGACUUGGAAUGGCAUCGUUCACUGUUGGAACAGAGAGGAGUUCCCUCUUCGUUCUGAGCAGGAAGGUUGUGCUGGGGCUGACUGGAUUUGUCCCAGAUUGCCAGAGUUUGCAUGAGAGAAUAAAAAAGCAGGUGAAGAUGUUUGAGUUGAACGAAGGAAGGGAAAUUGAGGUGGAUGAGGUGGUUGGACUGGUCAGCUACAUCCUGUAUUCACACAGGAAGACAGGUCCACUCUAUUUGAGUCCAAUUGUAGCAGGACUGGAUUCAGAAAACAAGCCAAGAGCCUAUUCGUUGGACUGUUUGGGCUAUAUUUCUGAGUACCAGUUUGUUACGGCAGGAACAGCAUGUGACAAUUUGACUGGAAUUUGUGAAGCUCUUUUUGUAGAGGGAAUGGAAGUGGAACAGCUGUUUACAACUGCAAUGCAAUCAUUUUUGAAUGCAGUUGACAGGGAUGCACUGAGUGGAUGGGGCGCAGAGUGCUAUAUUGUGGGCAAAGAGGGACUGAUCAGGAGAGAGGUGAAGGGGAGAAAUGACUAG